UAUAACGAUAGAAUUGACUGAAAUUUCAACAUUUACUGAGUUGAAUAAAGUAAUAAAUACAGAGAUUCUUCUAUUUAAAAUAAAUUAACAAAACUUUUCCCAAGAGAGGGCAAUAAAUAAUCGCCAUGAAGAUCUACAUUUUAUUCUUUUUCGCAUUGUUUGCUUGCAAAAUUACCUGCAGACCUAAUUCAUUAUCUUUUAAUUUCCAUACGGAUCACAUUUGUGAGUUUCCUCAACCGAUUAGAACCAAGAUUUCCGAAUGUAUAGAAUACAACAUGCCUCGUAAUUACAAAGAAGAGUUUGAGCGUUUUAAUCGAUGUUUUGGAAAAGAUUCUUUUGCCGAAGUUAUAAACAUGAUUUGUGAAUCAAACGGACGAAAGAACGGCGUCAAAGAACAGUAUUUAUAUUGCUUUUCUUUGUUGACUUUUGACGAAAACGAGCAUCCCUCUGUAAAACAAGACAUAAUAAAUUGCGUCUCAAAUAUUGCCUAAGUUAUAAAAGGCUUUUAUUAAAUGAUAUGCAUUAAAAUUUAUGUAUUAAAUAUUAAAAUUCGUUAUUAAAUAAAUAUUUUUGUUUGAUGAAUAUAUAGAUUAAUAGUUAA